AACGUUCCAGGUGAAUGUGGCAGGUCUGUGGUUCCUCAGGGCCGUGUUAUCGGUGGAACAGAUGCGAUACACGGAUCGUGGCCCUGGCAAGUAGGUCUGUACGCUGGAGACGAUGACUCUAAGUUCUUCUGCGGAGGGUCCCUCAUCAAACUAAACUGGGUCGUCACAGCUGCCCACUGCAUUAACGACAAUCUGCCCGUUGCUUCAUACCGCAUUCGCUUGGGAGACUGGCACCGCUUCUUCCCCGACGGCACAGAACAGGUCCGCAACGCGUCCAAAGUGAUUAAACACCCUAAGUACAACUACCCAUCGCUCAUCAAUAACGACAUUGCCUUAAUCAAGCUCGACCACCCGGUGCUGUUGAAUAGUCACGUGAACACCAUCUGUCUUCCUAAGAGAGACGUAGCUGUCUCUCUAAAUAGCACGUGCUAUAUCACAGGUAAUUACUUGUCACGUUUUGCUAGCUACAGUAACGCCUAUAAAUGAAGAAAAAUUUUAAAGGAACUCCUUUUGAAAUUUUCAAGUCAAACCUGAAACGCACAGAACUGCCUUAAAAGUAAAAAAAAAACAAGUAAAAUAAAAUGAAGCUUAUCUAAUUCAAUAUUGCGAAAAGUUUUGAAACAUUGGUUUGGUGAGACAGGAACGAUCGAGGAACAAGGGUGAAAAAAAAUGGGAAAGAAUUGAAUUCCGAACACCACACUAUCCCCGCAUUAAUUUGGAAUCGUGUUUUUACCAUUCUUGCAUAAUCAGAAGUCGUUUUCGUACAUUUGGUGUGUUUCAUAAGAGCUUUGGAUAAGAACGUUUUGUUUGGGAAAUUUAGCAAAAUAUAAAUGUGGUCAUAAAAAUCAUAAAUGUGAUCGUGUAGUCUGAUAAAUGUGAUCGUGUAGUCUGAUAAAUGUGAUCGUGUGAUCUGACAAAUGUGAUCGUGUAGUCCCGGCCUGAGGAGGAACAUUGUCGGUAGCUGUGACUGACGUUUCGACAGCCUUAGCAAAAGCCAUUAUCAGACUUAAAUGAUGUGUUAUCAUAAAUGUUAUCACGCUCGUUUCAAUUAAAUAAAGGAUUGAAUCAGCCAGUCGGCUAUGUCCUUACAAUUAAAUGUUAAAUGACUGGUGCAUAUCGCAGGUCAGGCUAUAGCCCGAGAAGGAAGCAUGACAACUUUAAUGCACCAUCUCAAUUCAGAAUAUCUUUAUCCUGUAGGGUGGGGCAAGGUGAAACAUCCGGGUGCUUCCUACCACAAACUUCAACAGGCCCAGCUCCCACUUGUCUCCAACGCCGAAUGUUCCCAGAAACUUUCCGCUUCACCCUCAGGGGGAAUACUCAACGUUACCAAACAAAUGGUUUGCGCCGGAAACCUGAACCCCAAUGAAUCGCAGGGAGGUUGCCAUGGCGACAGUGGAGGACCAUUCGUCUGCAAGGACUCCGCAUCCGGGAAGUUCGUCCUACAGGGAGCGGUUAGCUGGGGUUCGCCGAAUUGUAACUUUGCGCAAGUCAACAAACAGUACACGGUGUUUGCCCGAAUCAGCAAAUUUCGCCGUUGGAUAAAUCUUAAAAUUUCUCAAAACUGA